UCCGCAUUUCAACUUUCUCAUCGUAGCUACUUUCUAGAAAGCAGUUUCUUUGUAGCCUACAGAAAGUGGUUGUUUUUUCACAAGUUGAGUAAAGCGAAUGUUAUUUUUUCUAAGAAAGGAAACGUGUUUGAAGUCCAUGGGCAAAUACUCUAAGCUAAAAUGUUACUAAGUGUGUUGCUGAUGUAACCUAAUUUGCUGCUGGUCGUGUUUUGCUCGCUAGUCGCCAGUUCCUGUCAAACUUGGACGGCUAACCUGCUAGCCUGUGUCUCCUAGACGGACGUUAAAUGAAUAUAUGACGGAUUUGUCAGCGUCCAUGGGCAGACAGCAUCUGUCCAGAUGACGAGUGAGCUGUCUGGACUUGACUCGUUGGUUGCAAAGUCUGGUCCAGGGUUGCUGAAUGGUUAAUGCACAGAGUAAAGAGGCUGAAGCUUGAAAACAAGACAGAAGACCGUCUGGAACGUUGUAUGGCAGCGGUGGCAGACAUGACAUCGGUAGACGAACUCUCGGACAGCACGGAGGUGGUGGAGAUGGACGAUGUGGAUCCCCGUCAGUUCUUUGUGGAGAAGCAUACGUGGGAUGGCCUGCGAAAGGUUGUCCACAGCAGCCGCAAGAACACAGCCACAACCAUUAACAAGGCGCCACACGACUUCCACUUUGUCCAGAAGCUAGACGAGGCCAGCUCGCACUCUCACCGCCUCUAUUACCUUGGAAUGCCUUAUGGCAGCAGGGAAAACGCAUUACUCUAUUCUGAUAUUCCCAAAAAGAUCCGCAGAGAUGCCCUGCUGGUGUUAUCGUGGAAACCGAUGCUAGAUCGCUUUCAGGCCAGCCCUCAGCACAGGGGCUUCUCCCGGGAGGAGGAGCUGCUGCGAGAGAGGAAGCGCCUGGGAGUGUACGGCAUCACCGCCUAUGACCACCACGGCCCCAGUGGCCUUUUUCUCUUCCAAGCUAACAGCAGCCUUUUUUACUGCCGCGAUGGAGGAUCCAGUGGCUUCAUUACCUCUCCCAUGAAACCAGUAGAGAUUAAGAGCCAGAGUUCAGGCACCCGUAUGGAUGCCAAGAUCUGCCCAGCAGACCCUGACUUCAUUGCCUUCAUCAGCAACAACGACAUUUGGGUCACCAGCAUUAAGACUGGUGAAGAGAGGAGGCUCACGUACUGCCAUAAAGGCCUGGAUAACCUAAAGGAGGACCCCAAAUCUGCUGGUGUGGCCACUUUUGUCAUCCAGGAAGAAUUUGAUCGCUUCACAGGCUACUGGUGGUCUCCAGCUUACACUGAAGACUCAGAGGGUGGUAAGACCCUGCAGAUUCUGUACGAGGAGGUGGAUGAGUCAGAGGUCGAGCUCAUCCAUGUCCCGUCUCCAGCUCUGGAGGAACGCAAGACUGAUGUCUACCGGUACCCACGCACAGGCAGCAAGAAUCCUGAGGUUUCUCUUAAACUAGCAGAAAUCAGAACGGACCAUCUUGGCAAAGUAGUCAGCACUCAGGACAAGGAGCUGGUUGUGCCCCUCAGCAGUUUGUUUCCUGGUAUAGAGUACAUCUCCAGAGCUGGAUGGACAAAAGACGGCCGAUAUGUGUGGGCAGCCAUAUUGGACCGGCGGCAGCAGCGUCUCCAGCUGGUGCUGCUGCCUCCUGCCCUCUUCAUCCCCGUCCAGCAGGACCAGGCCAGCAGGCAGGAGAGCCUGGAGGCCCUGACAGAUGUCGUCCAGCCUUUCAUCAUCUACCAGGAGACCAGUGACAUAUGGAUCAAUGUCCAUGACAUCUUCUAUCCAUUCAUUCAAACCAAUGAUGAGGAGAUCACCUUCAUAACUGUGAAUGAGUCCAAAACUGGUUUCUGCCACCUUUAUAAGAUCACCUCAGUGCUACAGCAUGGCAGCUAUAACUGGGCCAAAGGCUACACACACUCUGAAGACGAUUUCAAGUGUCCCAUUAAAGAGGAGCUGACAUUGACCAGUGGGGAGUGGGAGGUGCUGGCCAAUCAUGGAGCAAAGCGUUCGUCCUCUCCUCAGAUCUGGGUGGAUGAGAAGGCCAAGCUGGUUUACUUCCAGGGCACCAAGGACUCUCCUUUGGAGCAUCACCUGUAUGUGGUGAGCUACGACUCACCAGCUGAAAUCAUUCGGCUCACCAAGCCCGGCUUCUCCCACAGCUGCUGCGUCAGCCAGAACUUUGACAUUUUUGUCAGCCAUUACAGCAGUGUGAGCAUGCCACCCUGCGUUCACCUCUACAAACUGAGAGGCUCAGACAGUGACGCCCUGCACAAAGAGCCUGAGUUCUGGGCUAGCAUGAUGGAGUCCCCUGGGUGCCCACUGAACUACACUCCUCCAGAGAUCUUUAACUUCACAGGGAAGUCUGGCUUCCAGCUGUAUGGCAUGUUGUACAAACCACAGCACUUGCUCCCUGGCCAGAAGCACCCCACUGUCCUCUUUGUGUACGGAGGCCCACAGGUCCAGCUGGUGAAUAAUUCAUAUAAAGGAGUGAAGUAUCUGCGAUUGAGCACGCUAUCUUCUCUGGGCUACGCCGUGCUGGUUAUCGAUGGGAGGGGAUCUUGUCAGCGGGGACUCAAGUUUGAGGGAGCUGUGAAAAACAAAAUGGGUGAGGUGGAGAUUGAAGACCAGGUGGAGGGCUUACACUACGUGGCUGACAAGUACAAGUUUGUGGACCUGAGUCGUGUCGCCAUCCACGGUUGGUCGUACGGAGGCUUCCUCUCCCUCAUGGGCCUCAUCCACAAGCCCAGCGUCUUCAAGGUUGCCAUAGCAGGAGCUCCAGUGACGCUGUGGAUGGCGUAUGACACAGGCUACACAGAGCGCUACAUGGACAUGCCUGACAACAAUCAGCAGGCCUAUGAGUCCAGCUCUGUUGCCCUGCAAGUUGACAAGCUGCCCAGCGAGCCCAACAGAUUGCUUAUCCUCCAUGGAUUUCUUGAUGAGAAUGUACACUUCUUCCACACCAACUUCCUGGUAUCUCAGCUUAUCCGGGCAGGAAAGCCAUACCAGCUGCAGAUUUAUCCAAAUGAGCGACACAGCAUCCGAUGCCCAGAGUCCGGAGAGCAUUAUGAGAUUACACUGCUGCACUUCCUCCAGCAGAACCUCUGAUUGGUUCUCCUCCCUCCGCUCCUCUGUCCUCCUUACCUACUGCUAUACCUGCUCCUCAUUUUCUCACUUCCUCCCCUUCUCCUGGCCUUGUUUUCCCGUCUCCCCUUAUGUCUUCCUGUGUUUCCUUUCUCCCAUCCUUCCCAACUUCAUUUUGUCCUGCCUAGGGUUAGGUAUCAACGGAACAGGAAUCCGGAGAACCGGUUCCAACAUUGCACAACAUCUCACUUAACAAUUCCCCCCAUCAAUUCCCUGGCUUGGGUUUUUGUGACUCGGCUUCGGCAAGUGUACAUCUGAGAUCCUCCGGAGGAUCUUAGGCUGCACUUAGGCUGAUGUGGGAUUAAAAGUUUGUCACUGUAAUGAGGAGCUAGCCCAUAUGGGUUUUAAGGCAGCCAGUGCAAUGAAGGUAAAAUUGGUGUUAAUGCAAUAUCUUUUGUCAGAAUUAGCAAGGACUUUUGCAGUGACAUUUUGAAUUAAACCAGACUCUGUUGUACUUUCAGGGUUGAAGUCAGUUGCUAUAAUCUAAACAGGAUAACACCUUAUAUUGUCCUCAGACUACCCUCUUAGUAAUAGCAACUAUUUUCCCAGCAGGGACUCCCAAGCAGA